CUUUUCUAACAUUUUUUCUAUUGAAUUGUUAUUUGAAUACGCUUUAAAAAAUGUGGGCAUACGUCGUUUAUUUAUAUAAACAAAUUUAGUUAUAUUUGCUAAAUAGAAUAUUAAAUAUAAUUUUCAAAACUUAUUAAAGUUAACGAAUUCUUUAUUUGCUUUUUAAAACUGUUAUAUAUCUACAAAAAGUUUUAUUACUGGUUACGCAAAUUUUACUGGAGUUGUCAAAACACUACGUUACAGAACACAAGAAUGGGAUCGGCGGGAUCAAAAAAUUCUGAUUCUGGAAGUAAUAGCAACGUAAAGGUAUCAAAAAAAGAUUUGCAAUAUUUUAUUAGCGAAGUCCAUUGCCAUGAAAAAGGUAUCAAUACUAUGUGUAUGCCAUCAAAUGGUACUGUGCUAAUAACUGGUGGUGAAGAUUGCAAUGCCCAAAUCUAUGAUACAGAACAAGAGAAAGUUGUCUCAGUACUUGCUGGUCAUGAAUUUUACAUAAACCAUGUUGUUUGCUCAGAUACGUAUAUUUUUACAGCGUCUGCAGAUAAAUGUAUAAGAAAAUGGCGUAUAGAUAAUGGAACCUGUGCAAAAGUUAUGAAAGGACAUACAGCUGCUGUAAACCGUUUGCUUAUUAUAGAAACUCUUCUUUUUUCGUCAUCUUAUGAUCGUACUAUUUGCUGCUGGGAUAUAAUUAGUGGGGAGUGUAAAGCAUCGUACAGUGGUCAUAAACUAGGUGUUUAUCCACUUUUAUAUAUACCACUUCCAGAACAACCUUUUGAUCGGGAUUAUUCUGAUCUUGAAAAUAAUAACGACAUCUUAGUAUCAGGUAGUGUUGAUAAAACCGCAAAAUCCUGGUCACUUGGAUCACGAGAAACAAUAAUUACAUUUCGUGGUCACACUGGAGCGGUUUUGUGUUUAGCUGCAGAUAGUCAAGCAAAGUAUUUAUAUACGGGAAGUCAAGAUGCAACGAUACGCUCAUUUAACUUAUUUACCGGGGAACAACUUAAGGUUUUUGAAGGUCAUGCUGCAGGAGUACUUCAACUUCAGCUUGUUAACAGAUUGUUAUUUUCUGCAAGUUGUGAUCACACAGUUCGUUGUUGGGUUGCAGAGAUUGGGGACUGUACUAGAAUUUAUAAAGGGCAUACCCACACGAUUGGUUGCAUGGUUAUUGUUAAUGGCGUGCUUAUAACUGGAUCAGGAGAUUGUACUGCUAGAGCAUAUGAUGCAAAAUCAGGCGCAUGCAAACGUAUUUUUAAAGGUCAUCGAGGUGCAGUUAAUGCUGUUGUUAUGCGAGGAACAAAGUUAUAUACUGCUUCUUUUGAUGGCUCUAUAAGAAUUUGGGAUGCUAGUAAACUUAAAGAAGGUGAAGAUAUUGUUCCUGAACAACCAAAAGCGAGUGGGAGCACAGGCAGUAAUUUAAAAGACGUUGUAUAAAUUUAUAAUUACUAAAACAUUUCAAUACAAAAGAGGAAAAAAAAAGAAAAGGUUUGCUGGUUGUUAUUUUUGAGCCAAGCAAUUAUACUGGUAUAUGUUUAUAAUACUGUGUAUGUAUGCUGGUAAUGGUACAUUUGGAUAUUUUUUUACGGAUUUCAAGAUUUAAAAUACAGCGGAAUGUUUGACAGGUUUCUAUAUAAUACUAUAAAUAUUUUAUUUGCAAAAAAAAAAAAAAUUAUGACGAUAAACUGAGAUACAAGUGGAAAUAGUAUUUAGACAUGCAACGACUUUGAUUUAAUUUUAUAGAAUUAUGUUUAUAAGCGUUUAAAUUUAUUGUUAGAAAAGUUAGUAACUUAUUUAAGUUGUUUGUAAAGUUUUCUAAAGGAUUUUAGAGUUUAUCCAUUUUUAUA